ACUACAGUGUGUUUCAUUGUUAAUUGAGAAAGAUAUUUUGUUUUUCUAGUGAUCUUGCAGGUUAUAGAAAUGAUGACAGCCGACCCGGAAAUUCCGGAGAUGCGAUAACAACGUUUAAACAAAAAACAAUUUAAUUACUGUGGAGGGGUGAUUAUUGGGGGUGAUAAUGGCGGCUUUUACUAACGUUCUGAAGGCUAUUGAAUUAUUGAAUGCUCUGCAGGUGGGACAGGGAGGUCUCGAUCCACUUGCCAGGAGGACUGAAAAAAUGACAUGCUGCACGACGAUAGUCAACGGCAUGUCAUCCCCGCUGGUAAAAACAACGAAAAAUUACGCUCAGGUGCUGGGGUUGUCGAUAAAAAUUCUGUUGUCCCUUUGCGACGACGAGGAAUCGGAUGUGAGGAUGAUAGCCGACGAGUGUCUGAACAGAAUAAUAAGAUCGACAUCAGACGGGAAUGUCUUAAAAAUUCAAUUCGAGCUGUACAACGAGAUCCACAGGAACGCAAGCUCUAGGUCUCUGAGGGCAGCUCUGAAGCGUUUUGGUUUACUGAGCCACACGAUAAGACCAAUAAAAGGGAAGGCCUACAUCUCCAACCUGAUUCCCUCGAUCGUGGCCAUCUCAAAGAGGCCAGAGGAGGAAGUUAUCGACACUCUGGCGCAAUCCCUUCCCCUGAUCCUUAAGACCCUGGGCCCUUUUAUGACAGACAAGGAUGCAAAAGUCUUGUUGAAGGCCUUCUAUCCAAAUCUCAGCUCUCCCCAAGCUGUCUUCAGAAGAAAUGCUGGUAACAUGAUCUUGGCCACGUGCCUGCACUGCAGGAAGCCCAGGAUAUUCCUUUUCUACGCCCUCAGACACUUGAUCGACACUAUGAUAUCUGUCAAUAGAGUCGAUGAAAAUCUUCAUCUGGUUGUUGGCAUCCUUGGUUGCAUCAGAAUUAUGCUGCCCCACGUUGACCAGAGCCAGGAGACCGAUCACGAGACCGACGCCCACAAGCUCGACUGCCUCAUUCAGGUUUAUGAACUCUCAUUGAGAUAUAUCCAGUGUCACUCUGAUCACAAUGUUGUCAAUGCCGCCCUGGAAACGCUAGUUCAACUUCUGCGGUCUCCUAAUGAUGAAUUUGUGGGACAAUUGACUUCGAAGAGUGGCAUCUCUGGGGGCAGCAGAAUUGUCUCAUUCCAGAGAACCUUGAGAAUGUCAUCUAGUGAUUCCACGGAGACUGAAGAGACCAAAAAAGAGAGGUGCGCAGCGAUCGACGCUGAUAGUGGAAUUGUCACAUUGGAUUUGAACAACACGAAAGAAUCGAUUCACUGCCAUGACCUCUCAAAUAAAUCUUCCUCUGAUUCUCAAUCAUCAAAUGAAGGAAAAAUACGAGAGACUACUAAAUUGAGCAUUGGAAGCUCAUCUGAUGUAGACGUGCCUUUGAAAUACUGCUGUCGUUAUUUAUCCGCGUCUUUCCUGCUGGCAGGAAGACCCAACGAAUUAAUCUCAGACAAGCAAUUUCGAGUUUCCGUGAAAUCUCUGACACUGACCUGCAUCGGAGGUAUCAUCAGGCUCUACCCCAACGUCCUUCUCCACACCCUGGAAAAUUGCCCAGGUCCCCAUCCCCAGAUGAUCUCAGAUAUUCUCCUAUUCUCAAAGCACCCAGACCCUCAACUGAGAGGCAACGUAGCUGUCAUCAUAGGACUAUUCCUGAAUUCAGUUUUCGUGAAGUACUGGGGAUCCUAUAAAUCUCUGGAGCUUGAUAUCCAACAAACUGAGGGAAAAAUAAUAGAAUUAGCCAAUCUAGUUGACCUCUUGAUUAAUUCUCUGGAGGACGAAUCUGCAACGACAUGUCGCCAGGCCCUGCAAUCCCUGGAGAUCUGUUUGACGUCACUCCUCCAGUCAGAAGAAAGUCACCAAUCCCUGCGGAUGCUUUUCAAGCUGCUCCCACUGUCAGACAAUCCUUACUUCCUGGUUAAGAUGAAUCUCUCGAAAGUCUUGAGUGAACUCCCAUUCAUCACCAUUAAAUACCUGACGACCUCCUCCUCCUUCCAGACAGACGUAACCCUGAUUCUAGUCAAACUCUUGGGUGAUCAGGACCCAAGGGUUCGUAAUGCAGUAUCAAAGGCCCUCGUCAAGUUCAUCGCCACAUCGUACUACCAGUCCCCCCACGAGGACGAAUUCACCAGGAGGACCUCUCAAUACAUCGAGCAGUACCUCAACCCUCUCAUCACUAUCAAUGUCGACGCUAGAACUUACCAACUGGAUCAAAAGUUCUUUGUUAAUAGUCUCGUGGAGCCCUUUCUCUCCUUCUACACAGAACUCAGAAGACCUAACAUAAUUCGAGAUAAUUCUGAGGACUCUUUAUCGAUAAUUGUUGCUCUCCUAGUGGAGAACCUCUUCACCCACCCUUCCAGACAUUUAUCCUACGGCUGUUUCGAGGCUCUGAGUAACCUCAGCCAAUCAUACCCUACAACUCUCUAUCCAGACGCCUGGGACUGUCGCCUGGCCAAGGGGCUGAUAAAAAAAACCACGAAAAUUCACUCCAGCAACAAGAGCAUCACCAGCGAGUGCAACAUCGACUUCCCCUCGGGGACAGACCACCUGUCCCCCACUGGAAUUCAAUUAUUAUCAUUAACGAUAUCUCUACUAUCCUCUGAUGCAGUGGCCCUUGACCUCCUCACUCACAAGCAUAUGAUCACCCUAGCAGGGAAUUUGAUGUGCGGAAUUUCCCUGAGGAACCUCAAAUCGAUCGAUCUAACCGAAAAAAAUGAUAAUAUUUCGAAAAUGUGGGGAUUGUUCGAGGACAAGGAGACGAAUCGUCACCUGGAGCUGCUGUUCCUCCACGUCAUGAGGUUGAUAAAUAUAUUUGUUCACGUGAUCGAUGGGCUGCAGGUGGCAAGUGCCAGUGGAAAGUCUGGACUCCCAUCGCUCCCAACUGCUCAGUCCCUCUCCCCGAGGAAGAGAAUGAACCAGGAGUAUAAACCGAGAGAGAGGAAAGAAAAUGUUCUCACCAAUUCCUUCAGAGCAGCGAAAGAACCCAUUGGUGCCUUCAGCAACUUACCGCACUAUAUGAGACUCCACGACAUUCUGAAAGCAGCUCACAUGAACUACAUGUCAGCUCUGGACGUCGACGCCAGUCAGAUGUACCUUGGGCUCCUGGACUCCACUCUUCAGGUCCUCUCCCAGAUCCUGGACGUGGCGAGCACUUUUGAAGCGAGAAAAAUAGCCGAGGAAGUCCUUCAUUAUCUGGAGACAACCCUGGCCCUCUCUCCAACGAAGACAGUCCAGUGUGUUCGACAGCUGCUUAAAUCAUUAUUUGGGACGAAUCUCUCUGCUCGGUGGGACGAGCUCGAGGACCUCAGGAGUCCUGACGACAGGCUGAAAAAUCCUGACGACUCCAGAAGGGGAUUAUACGAUCGUUGCUUCCAGAAACCUGGGAGACAGAUGGCCGAUGUCAUCAAAUCAAUUGGCAACAACUCCUGGAGCAAUGAGAACGAGUUGAAGAGAUCAUCAUCGAGUUCUUCGUUCAAUCGAAGGGACUCUGAACGAAAAAUGGUCCUGGCUUUUAAGUCCUUCGCCAGGACGAGCAAUCAAAAGGCAUUCUUCGUGUCUUUUAUCCGAAUUUUCGAGACGAUGGUAAUUAAAUCGUUGAAUCAGUACACCACCACCAGCUCGGUGUCAUGUCAAUGUCAAGUAUUGAGUUUGUUGUCACAACUUGUCCAGUUUCACGUGAACUAUUGCCUCCUGGACACUGACAAGACCUUCAUAGACUUCGUUUUGGGCCAGUUUCCAUUUAUCGAAGAGUCUCAAAUUUCCCAGGUGCAGCUCCUGCUGCCAAAAAUUUUCGGUUUUCUGGUGCACCUGUCGUACGAAAAAUUCCACUCUAAGAUGAUAAUCGAUAUCAGAGAGAUAAUUAAAUUAUGUGAUGGACUGAUGGCAAGUGGGCAGCCACCAACGACCCACUGUAUUCCGGCUUUAGUUCCUGUGGUGGAGGAUAUUUUCCUGGCGAGGUCCUCAGCUUCAAAAACACCAGGUGAAAAAGCUGAACUCGACACCACCAGGGAGUACCUCAUGUCGAUGCUUUUGCGACUCGUCGAGCAUCACACUGUCAUCGAACUCCUCUCUCAGUGUCUCUCGGAGUGUCGUAGUGAUGAGGACGGUGAGGAGAAGUGGAGGAAGUGGUCCAGGAUGACGAUAGACGCUGUUCUACCUGCUCUGGUGUCUGGGAAAAUCAGGAUCGAGUCAGAGUCAGCUGGAGUUGCUGUCAUCAAGUUAUUCUCAAAUGUCUCUCCGAGUUGCUUCAGACCUGUCGACCCCCUCCUGAAAAUACUUUUCACAGUUCCUCCAGGACUCAACGAAUCCAGAAUUAAGCUGGAGAGGUGGCUCGGAAUGGUGAACAUCGUUUUGCUGUCUCUCAUUGCUUAUGCCAAAGAAGAGGCCAUGUUAUCGAGACUGGCAGAGCUCAGUGUCUUCAUGACUGAACUCGUUCACACCCUCGAUCUGCCUGACACCUUCACCAUCUACGACACAGCAGAUCCCCUGAAUGCCACCAACAUCGAAUCUUGCUCACUACCCCCUGAGAGAAUAAUCGCAAUUUUUGUCUUCAGAGUUAUUUUUCUGGCCUCUUCAAAAAUCUGUUUAACCCUGAAUUCCGUUGAACAUCGGGAUAAUCUCCUCCACAACAGACAGGGCAUCUAUCUUCUCCAGGAACUCGCAUUUUUCCUUCAAUUAUGCAUUCACAUGUUCGAGUCUGGGAGUCAUUGCAAAGUCGCUAACGCCACGAUACAAAUGCUGAAUGACGAAGAUUUGAUUCCAAUUGAGAAGCUCAACUCUCUGAUGCUCGAGAUUUCCGUAAAAAAUUGUCCGAUAUUGACGACCCACUGGACGUACCUGAUGACUCUCUUAGGAUACAGCAGCCAGAAAUUCUGGUCCAAGACAUUGGGAUCGAAAAAUCGGAAUUUAUUCCCAAGGAAGGAAGAGAAGACCAUCAAUAUCGACACAAAAAUCGUGAGACAAUCAGCCACGAUUCUCUUCUGUGAUCACAUCUGUGAAAAUAUGAAUGACACUGAGUCCCUGACGUGGCUGGUGAUGAAUCACAUCGAGGAGACGAUGAAUCUGGUUAAUGAGCCACCUGUUCGUGAGCUGGGAACAGCUACAGUCCACAGAAAACCAGCAGCAAGUGGUCUUCUCAUCCAGGCAAUUGCAGCCAGAUGUUUGGAUUUAUCGAAGCCUUCAUUUGUCAAGAAAUUACUGAAAACUCUGGAGAGUGCACAUGAGGCCCAAAGUGGUGCCGUCAUCCUGGCUCUGAUCCCACGAUUUAUAUCGUUAAUCCAUCUGGCACUCGCCAAAACAGCUUCUAGAAUAGCAUGUAAGAGAGUUGAGUUUCUUCUGUCUCUGCCCGAGGAAGAGGUGCUGCGCCAGUUGCCCAAGGAGGACCUCCUGAAGCUGAUGGAAAUCCUUCAGUCCGCCAGGCUCGUUAAAAAACAUGGAGUCCUAGUGGGACUGAUCAAUAACCUUGCCAGCAGAUUCUACGACAUCUCUCCCCUGGAGCUGGAGCACUGCAGACCUUUCAAUCCCUCAACCGUGCAAAAUAUUCUCCUCGAUAGAUCCUGGUUUCUCUCCCAAGUGAGAUUAAAGUGCUGCAAACCCACGAGCAAUUCCCCAGAUUCGUCAGAAGCCGCUGAACUCCUCAGCAAUCUAGACCUGGAGGACUGCGACGAUAUCUUCAUGUCCAAGAACUUCGAUCUCAGAAUCCUCACAGAGUGCAUCAAACUGGGUAUGAGGCUCACUCACGAGGAGAACACUAGGAGAACUGCUUUCGUCAGGACCACAGAUUUCACAAUUCCAAACCAUCAAGUAUCCCCAGAUGACAAAAAUUCCGAGUGUCUGUCAUUUUUAUAUCAAUCCUCUCGUCAAUGUCUCUUGAUUCACGUAAAAAGCAUCAUCGAUCUCCUCCCAAAACCCCACAUUGUCUACGAUCCCUGGGUGAAGGUGCCAAAGCACGAAGACACCAAGAGGACGAGAACCACAAAGUACUCGUCGAAAUUUCGUGCCCUAAUGGAGGACCAGAUGUACUGGGACAGAGUAUUCACCCUCAUUCCUGCAGUGACAGCGUACCUCGAGGCCCUCAGAGAAUUCAACACUCGAGGAAUUGUCUGCAACACCCCACGGUUCGACGAGGAAGAUCUGUCCAAGUUCGCAGUUCUCUGUCUCGAGAUAAUUCACUGGAUGACAUUUACGAGAUCAGUGAAGCCCCAGGAACUGGAGCUCGCUCUGACGUGUGCCACGGAGCUUUUGAAGAAUGAGAGAAUUUCUAAGAUAUUUGGAAGUGAAAGCCACUACACCUGGGUCUGCUCAGCCUCGAACACUCUGACAAAGCUCCUGGAGUAUUGGCUAUCCCCGAAGGAUUCCUUUGAAUUUAGUCUCCCACGUGUGGAGGAUCGUGGCCUCUCCCAAGCCCUGAGGACUGAUUCAACGAGAUUCUAUGCCCAGGCCUGCCUCCAGAUGGCAGGGCUGAUCGCCUGGCUGGAGAAAACCGACAACUCCUCUCGAAAUAAUGCUGUGGACAUCCCCAGCUUCAUCAAAGACCCUGUAACAUCUUUAAUCAUUAUAAUCAGCAGGCAUGACCUGGUGAAUUCAUUUGUACUGACGCCUCCCCUCGUCUGGAAGCACGGAUGGAUGAUCGAGGGCUCUGGGCCCACCCUCUGCCACUUUCCCCUGCUCCUCUCCACAGCUGACUCCAAUUUCCUCCAGGAGCUGGACGUCCUCCGACAGUUUGUCUACAGGAUAACCCUCCUGGGAUGGACAUCGCGUCUCCAAUUCGAGGAGAUCUGGAUGGCUUUGCUAUCAGUGCUCAGUGCAGCAUCAACUGAGAAUGAGUCCCCAGGGCAAUCGGAGGGGAGUAGUGUCCAGUCAACGACUCUAGCAGUCCAGGGAAUCACAAGACUACUCACCCAAACGCUGAUGCUCCCUCAUCCAGGAAAUCCUGUCAACAGCAUUGCCAUGCACCACUGCAGAGAUCCACCCCUUUCUCUCCAGAAACCAGCAUCCCAAAGACUUUACACUGUCCAGGAUCUGUUAUCCUGGAAGUACCAGUACUCGAGGAAUUCCAGAAUUACCAAAGACAGUUUUGUGAACUCGGGUGUUGAUUCCCUCGGUCUAGAGCACUUAUUCACCAGAGGAAAUAUCGAGAGGGAGGGCUUGACCACUGGCUUCGACGAGUUAUCCUACAGUCAACUCUCGGUCUCAUACCUCUGGGCCUCGUGCUCACUCCACGAGGACAAAUUAUCAGCCUCUGUAUUGAUGCUCAAAGAAACGAGAAAUCAAGCACUGUCGUCAAAUUGCCUAGAUCUCGACUCCUGCAUCAGGUUUUUGAUUGAAUUGUACACAAGAUGGUUGGCACCUUCAUCAGGAUCCACCCUGAGGCUUCUCAAUGAGGUCGUCAGAAGCAUCAUCUCGAUAUCAGAUCUCUUCGUCGAGAGGGGACAGUUCCAGUGGAUGUUCGACACUUGUUCUGAGAUCGUGAAGUACCACACGAUCGACGACGAUAUUCUCCAUCACACCCUGGUCUUUGCUGUUUGCAAAUCAGCUGCUGUCCUGGCACCCCUGGACAUCGAGAGCCUGGAGAAGGUAAAGAGAGCUGUGGAGAAUGGACUGAGAACGAGUUACCUUCCAGGAAGAAUAGCCAGUCUCCACGGAAUUUUAUUUCUUCUUCAGUGCGCGGUUCAGGCGAAUUGCGAGGAGACGAUGAAUGUCGUUCAUCCCCUGGCUAUUAAAUAUAUUCAUAAACACAUUGAGGGGAGAGGAAAUGUCGAGGACCACAGCGAGGAGCACCAGAGGACCAUGUGGGCUUUAGUGUUCUUUCUCCUGGAACAUGCUGAGGAUACUCCACCUGAUUCCGAAGCUCCAGCUGUCCUGGAAUUGGCACUGGCUCUCGUCACCUCUGGAAAUAUCUCUAUAGCGAUGAACAGGACUAUUCUCCAGGGUCUAGAGAGACUUGUGGCUGCCAAGAGUGUCGUUGGGAGAGUCGCUGAUCAGAUUGUAAAGGUCUCUCUCGAGAGACUCAAGAACUCUUGUCCACUGGUGGCUAUUCCUGCACUCAGGUUACUACUCACUUGUAUGUAUUCGGAAGCUGCUGACAGGUUCAACAGGACUGCUAUUGUCAAGGAGGAACAGCCCCUCCCGGACAUCGAGCCUGAGGCCCUCAUGAGGACCAUCGAGAGGACUUCUGCUAUUUUUGAUAGAAUCAAAAGGGGACAGAGCAUGGAAGUGAAGAUUCUGUGUGCUGUUCUCUCGGAAAUUCUUGGAGAUUUCUUCCCUCCUUUUGAGACACUCACGAAAGUCAUUGGGGAGUUCUUGGCACCACAGCAGCCACAUCAAAGACUCGUGUCUGGAGUUGUCUUCAAAGUUUGUGAGAGAGUCACUGGCACUGACGAUCAAUUGACUCUUCUUCAGGACUGGGUUGUCUUCAGCCUGUCGACUUUUAUCCAGAGUUUACCAUUAGUUACCUCCACUUGGUGCCUGUCGUGCUUCUUCGUUAGUGCUUCCACAAAUAAAUGGCUCAGAGCCCUGUUUCCACACGUACAAUCUAGAAUGGGAAAAUAUGAAUAUGAGGACAAGAAGAUAAUGUGCAUCGCUGCUGCAGAUUUUUAUAAGAAGCUAUCGAGUGAAUCGCAGAGGGAAGCUUUUCUGAAGAGUUUCGAAGCCGCUGGAAAAGAGCCGGGCUCGCCCUUCUGCGACAUCAUAACGACCUUCAAGUACUGAAAUAAUCUGAAGCCAAAGCCAAAUUUGUCGUGUAUAUAAGAAAAAUUUAUUGUACCCGUGUAAAUCAAUCCAAUGAUAUUAUUUAUUCUAUCGGUGAUUAGAAACUAUUUUUCCGA